AUGAUGUCCUUAGUUGGUGAUUAUGCAUCUGAUUCAGAUAAUGAAACGAAUGGAUCUGUCAGUGGUCACGAAGAUUCCAACAAAAUUAUCGAUGACAUUCAUUCCGAUAUUGGUGAUAAGGUAGAGCCUAUACGUAAGAAAGCACGACUUUCUGAAAAAGAUCCAGAAAAUGGAGAACUCCAAGUAACAAAGAAAGAAGUGGAAGUGGAAGUGGAAGUGGAAGUGGAACUGCUACAUCUGCUGCUGCUGCUGCUGCUAAAACAGAAAUCACCGUCGCCACUAUUACAGCAACUGCCAACUCCAUUGCAUUUAAAAUCAGAGUUUGAGAUUGAAGAAGAAGAACGUAAAGAAGCCAAACGCAAAGCCAAAGAACUCAAACGUCGUCGAAAAGAAAAAGGUAAUGAUCCAUGGACUUCUUAUACUGACGACUUUGUUGUCCAACCAAAAGUAAAUACUGCAUUUGACACGGAACACGAAAAUGGUCUAGCACCAAAUAUUAAUAGAUCAGCAAUGAAAAGCGAAGUAGAAAAUGGUGAUGUGGAUGAUGAAAAUGAACAUGAACAUGAACGUGACGAUAACGGUGAAGGUGACGCAAGUUAUGAAUUCAAGCCUACUUCAGAGCUCAUGCGUUUCUCAGAAGACGAAGUGUUAAAACAUCAAUCACUUCUUCAAGUCCCUACAAAGUUGCAAGACAAAUUACGAAAACCUACGAAAACUUGGCGUUUUCCCAAAAGUGGAAUUGUACAAACUAUUCCUCUCGCACAUCGCAAAGGUGUCAAUAAGCUACAAUUCAUUCCACAUCUGGGCCAUUUACUACUCUCUUGUGGAAACGAUAAUUUAAUAAAAUUAUGGAGGGCACGACAAAAGGAUGAAAAAUUCGAACUUGCACGAAUCUACCGUGGACAUAGACUUGCCGUAAAGGAUAUUUGCUUCAACUCCACCGGUGAUCGCUUCCUCAGUUGUGGGUACGAUAAAAUAAUACGUUUAUGGGAUACAGAAACUGGCAAUGUGAUAAAGACAAUUCAAGUAUCCUCCGUUCCCAAUGUUGUUCGGUUCCGUCCCGAGCACGAAAAUGAGUUUAUUGCAGGCUUGUCCAACCACGAAAUCCAUCAUUUCGAUAUUGAGUCCAUUCAACUUCAAUCACCUUUACAAAUCUACGACCAUCACGUUGGUUCCAUAAAUGACAUAUUAGUAACCAAUGAAGGUUUCAUCUCUACAGCCGAUGACAAAACAAUGCGAGUUUGGAAAUGGAGGGUCAACUCGCCUACAAAAGCCAUAACCGGAGCCUCUCUUUUCUCUAUACCAUCAGUGAAGAAACGCCCAAACUCGAAACAUAUUGUCUUACAAAGUAUGGACAACACAAUAAAAGUGUUGGAUGGAGGGAAAUACUCAUGGAAUAAAAAGAAAAUAUUCAAAGGCCACCAUAACGCGGGUUAUGGAAUUGAGAUUGAUGUCGCACCCGAUGGCAAAAUGGUGAUGAGUGGCGAUUCACGAGGCUUUGUAUUUUUCUGGGAUUGGGAAAUGAAAAAAGUACAGCUCAAAUUGAAAUUGAGCGACCGUCCUAUAAAGAGUGUUGCUGUGCAGCCAUUGAAAACAUCUAGUAUCGCAGCAGCUGGUAUAUCGGGUGAUAUUUACUAUUGCUCGUAA